CCAUGGUGUUUCACCAAACUCAUGCGGCCGGUGGUAGCAUGGCUUCGCAGUCGAGGAAUUCGACUAAUUAUCUACCUGGACGACAUCCUUUUGUUGGCCCAGGACAGACAUACCCUUCUCUCACAUCUGGAGCUCACUUCGAACCUGUUAGCCGGGUUGGGAUUCCCCAUCAACUACGACAAGUCAGUUUUGACUCCAGCGCGGAUAAUGGAAUUCCUAGGUUUUUCCGUGGAUUCGGUAGCAGAAACCCUCAGUCUUCCGACGACAAAGAUCAAGGAGAUUCGCAAGGAACUACGCAGAACACUGGACAUGCCACAGAUUUCCCUUCGACAUCUGGCUCGGAUCAUCGGCCUCCUAUCUUCCUCCAUCCAGGCCGUUUUUCCAGCCCCUUUACAUUAUCGGGCCCUUCAACGCCUGAAGACGGCGCAUUUACACAAGGGAGCCACUUACGCGGACCUUAUUUGUCUAGACGACGAAACUCGGGACGAGAUCCGUUGGUGGAUCUGCAAUCUCCAAGCCUGGAACGGGAAGGCGAUUUGCGGUCCUCGUCCGGAUUUUACAGUGGAUUCCGACGCCAUCCUCCUCGGCUGGGGGGCCCACUGCGAGGGCAUUUCGACCGGAGGUCGUUGGUCGAUGGAGGAAUCUCCUUUGCACAUCAAUGCCUUGGAACUCCUGGCGGGCUCAUUCGCUAUUCGCAGUUUUGCGAAGGACAUGGUCAGGGCUUGCAUUCGACUACGCAUGGACAACGUCUCCGCUGUCCGUUAUGUCAAUGCCAUGGGCGGUACCCACUCUCCCAUGCUUUCUGGGGUCCUGCUUACAUCGACCUCUUCGCUUCCCGUUUGAACAAACAACUACCGAGAUUCUUCAGUUGGCGCCCGGACCCGGAAGUGGAGGCUGUGGACGCAUUCCUUCAGGACUGGUCCAAAGACCUUCACUACGCGUUUCCGCCGUUCUCAAUGAUUCCGAGAACCCUGAGUCAAGUUCGUUUCCAAUCAGCGGAGAUCAUCUUGAUUGUUUCGUUCUGGACCACUCAGUCGUGGUUUCCCAACCUUUUGGAGCUUCUCAUCCUUCCUCCCUUUCUCUUGCCGGAUUGUCCAGAUCUCCUCUUAGGUCCGGGAGACGUUCAACACCCUCUACUUCUGGAUGGUUCUCUUCGACUGCUGGCUUGCAGAGUAUCAGGCGUUCCCACGAAGGCCGCGACCUUUCGGAAGCAACUUGGAGAUUACUGGAGGAGUCUUGGGCUCCCAGCACCAGACGGGUUUAUAAAGCAGCCUGGAGAUCUUGGUCUAGUUGGUGCGUGGACCGGAGUCUGGAUCCCGUUUCAGCCCCUGUAGUGGACAUCUUGACUUUCCUUACUUCCCUAUUCGAGGACGGUAAGGCUUAUCGGACUAUAAAUCUUUUCAGGUCCGCCAUUUCCUCUCUUCACCAGGGUUUCGAAGGCCGUCCAGCAGGUCAACACCCUUUGGUCUGCCGCUUACUCAAGGGUUCCAGGAUGUCCCGUCCUCCCAGACCACGCCUUUCUGCCACAUGGGACGUUUCUCUGGUUUUAAAUUUUUUCUCUUCCUGGCCAUCCAAUUCCGAACUCUCAUUACGUCAAUUGUCGGUUAAGCUGGUCACUUUGUUCUGUCUUAUCUCUUGUAAGAGAGUUUCUGGCGUGAGAGCUUUGGAUUAUGACGCCAGAUUUUUCUCUCCUGAAGGAGUCACUUUUGACAUUUCUCGUCGGACUAAAACCCAGAUUCGCUCUGUUUCUUACCCUUGUUUUCCGGCGGUUCCUGCUCUUUGUCCUGUAUCUUGUUUACGGGAAUAUGAGUCUCGAACUUUAUCUCAUCGUUCCAGCGAGAUCCCUUAGUUGUUCCUUUCCUAUCGCCGUCCGUUUGCCCCGGUUUCCACCACAACUUUGGCCAGGUGGGUGAAAUGGCUCAUGUCUUUGCCGGGGGUUGACACUUCCAUAUUCAUUGCUCAUUCUACUCGGAGCGCGUCUUCCACUUCUAUGAUGGCGGCGGGUGCUCGCCUGGAGGACGUUUUGAAGAUUGCAGACUGGUCCAGGGUAUCAACUUUCAGAGAAUUUUAUUUUCGUCCUACUCAACAUGUUUUUACUUCUGUUAUUGGACAGCUUUAAACUCGCAAUAGGAGCCUCCGUGUCUCGAAAUAAAAUUGUAUGAUUUUGCUAGUUUAUGACGUAAAGUCAUGAUUUUAUGAAAGACACGGAGGCGAGUAUUGCCCUCCCUCACUUGCUUGUUUCCCUCCCUUGUCGCAUU